CCAGAGUCAAAUAGGCUCCAACAGUCGCCUGGUGGUCUUCACUGGCGCCUUCACGCCAGAGAGUAUGAAGGACAGCGACGCCGACUUCAACCUGGGCCUCGCCAUGGGCGCGCUGCAGACCCUGCAGGCCACCGGCAACAGCCGAGUCUACGUCGCCAUGAACGGUCUGGUGUGUCCGUGUGAGUCGAUGGAGCGUGACCCGGAGACGGGCCAGUUCCUGCCGUGUCGGCGCCCUCGCUCCCGCGACCUGGGCCGACCGCGGUCCGCGGAGCUGGCGCACCAGCGCAGUCUCGACUCCCUGCUGGACACCGAGAGUGCGCCGAGUAUAAAUGGUCUGGCGGCGGCCUCCGCUGUGGAGCAGCGGCUGGAGCGGCGGUCGACACCGGAGCCGAGGCCGGAGCCGCAGCCGAGAAGGCAGACUCCACCGACGCUGGAAGACCUGCUGGAGGAGGACGAAGCGGGCGAGGCGCGACCGACCGACGCGGCGUCCGCCAGCGCUGCGCGCACUCUGCUGCGCCGGCUCUCGGAAGGCGGCCACGAGCUCUUAACGGCAAACAUCGCCGAGGAGUACCUGUGA